AUGUCAGGGCUAGAAGUCGCUGGGAUCGUUCUUGGCUCUAUACCUCUUCUGAUCAUUGCACUUGAGAAAUACACCGAGGGUCUCUCCACUUUGCACCGAUGGCGCAAGUACAAGCGCGAGCUCCAGAGCCUGAUUCGCAACUUGGAAACUGAACAGAUCAAACUCCAGAAUGUCUGCGAAAAGCUUCUCCUGGACCUGGUCCCUCAUUAUAAGAUCGAGGCGUUGAUCGAUGACCCGAUGGGAGAUCUUUGGCGUGAAGAAGAAAUGUUGAAGAAAGUUCAGUUUCGUCUUGGGAACGGCUUCAAGGUUUUCCAAGACACUGCCAAUGAUCUGAGGGCAAAGGUUUUUGAUCUUGAGAGGUUGAUCGAAUCGCAAGGUGAAGGGAUGUUUCUGGGCUUCAAACGAGCUGUUUUCACAUUGAGCCGCUCACAAUACGCAGAUAUCUUGGCGGAGAUCAGAGACAGCGUAUCGAAUCUCGAGAACCUGACUGACCGUAACAUGGAACUUGAGCCAGCAAGGAGUGUUAGAUCGAAGCAGAAACUCUUUACACUUCUUCGUGAUCUAUCAGAGAGUCUGUACCGAGCCUUGAAGUCAAGCUUGACUUGCUCCUGUAGACAUGAUAUCGGGCUGGGGCUGGAAACCAGAAAGGUUGAGGUUUUUCCAGGGGACGACGAGCAAAAGAUGGUCGGCUUGACCAGCUUCAAGAUCAGCGUGUCUUACAAGACCGAUGUUGGACCUCUUAAGGCAUGGCAAGACUUCCAUCUACAACCGCAGAGGCUGGGUCCAGGACCAUCGCACCCGAACAUUGUACCCUUGUCUUCUAGCCGGCUGGGCAGGACAUCCGGCAAGAAGAGAGUCCAGUUCUCAGAUGCACCACAAGCGUUUCUAACCACGGCCCCUCCAGCUCCUAGAGUUGCCCAAGUACCUACGUCAUUGACCACCACAGACAAUACGGAUCCAGGAACUGCAUCCUCAGACCUCUGCCAAAUCACCAAGGACAACGCCAACAAUUUGUUAACAAAUGCUACACCCAAGACAUUUGGAAUCAUACACGAUCGCUCACACCAUGUGGCGACAGAGUUCCAGUUACGUCCUGUCCCAGUCUCACCCUUUCAGAAUCCUCAAUCUAUCGGUCUUGUCUCACUGAGAGAUAUCCUUCGUCAGACGAAUAAAUCAACGCACUUGCCCGCGCAAGAUCGCCAUAACCUUGCGGUCAUUAUCUCCUCAAGCUUUCUUCAGCUACACGGUAGCCCUUGGUUGCCAGGCCAUCUAGACAGUCGAGAUAUCUUGUUCUUUACAUACCAAGGCAGCCCUCUCUUCACUAAGCCACUUCUGAUGAGGAGUCUCCCAGACAGCAAGGGCAAUCCUGGGUGUAACAGAGUGCAAUCACCACCCUCUGCAAAUCCUGCGCUGUGGUCAUUGGGAUUACUCUUGAUUGAGCUGAUUCUCGGAAGAGCUUUAGACUUUAAUGGCAAGCAGCCAAGGGGAUCAGAAUAUUUUGUCGCAUAUGAGCUCAUCCCUGAAGUUCGGAUGAUUAGUUUGAAUUACGCAACUGCAGCUAUGCGAUGUCUUGGGGGUGAAUUACACAGCACGGAAUACCUAUCGGGAGGUGCAGACUUUUGUCAAGAUGUCUAUGCUGGGAUUGUCGCUUUAUUGGAGAGGGAUCUGAAAAUGCUUAGACCAGAGGAACAGAAAUACUGCACAUCUAGAUGA